AUGGCUACCCGGGAGAAUUCAAAUGACCAAAAGAGGAAAAGAAAGGGUGCACUGACUGAUUUGCCCAUUAAGUUCCAGGCUACAACACUUGAUGGUAUUAUUCCAGAUAUACCUGGUCAUGAAAACCUUCCCCCAUUGCAGUUAGCGUCUUAUUCUGCCAUCCCUCCCAAUUCCCUGCCCAAGAUCUCCUUUCAACAAAUCUAUCAUCACAUGAUUUUAAGACGUACAGUUGAUGGGAAAGAAGUUCAUAACUACAAGGGCUUGGACAGGGCUGUGAAACAUUUUGAGGCAGGAGAUAUUUCUCAAAUUGUAGCUGCCCAAAUUGAUGAUUCUGUUGAAUACAUCAGAGGAUUUUGUCUUGCUUCAAUGAAAAAGGCAAAAUACAAAGUGUAUAUUUGCAUCGAGGACAAACAGAAUUUGUGUUUUGCCUACUGUGAAUGCCCAAUUGGAUUAGCCCAAUCUUGCAGCCAUAUUGGUGGCCUCCUCUUCCAUUUGCACCAUCUCCAUUUAAAUGAGGUUUUGAAAUCAGACAGUGCAACGUCGAAACAAUGUAUGUGGAAUGUGCCCUAA